AUGCCAAAACCAACAAGGGAAAAAUGCACGCGAAUCGCGAUGGAAUUUGAUGAAAAAUGGAAUUUCCCGAACUGCAUCGGUGCAAUAGAUGGUAAACAUUUCAGGAUAAAAGCACCUCGCAAUAGUGGAAGUCUCUACAUAAACUAUAAAAAGUUUUUCAGUAUCGUACUACUAGCGGUUGUGGAUGCAAAUUAUAAAUUUGUGAUUGCAGAUGUAGGAUCAUAUGGACGAAAUAGUGAUGGAGGUAUAAUGCAAAACUCAAUAUUUGGAAAAAAAUUGACUUCUAAUGCCCUCGAUAUUCCCCCAAAAAAACGUUUACCGAGGACAGAUCUUGAGUUGCCGUAUGUUUUUGUAGCAGACGAGGCUUUUCCGUUAACCACAAACAUUAUGAGACCAUUUAGUGGCGAUCGAUUGACAGAUGAAGCAAUGAAAAUAUACAAUUAUCGUUUGAGUAGAGCCAGGCGUAUCGUCGAAAAUGCAUUUGGUAUACUUCAAGAACGUUUCGAAUUAUGUCAAAAAGGAAUUCAGGUUCAACCAAAAUAUGUUGAUAAUAUCAUUUUAGCAUGUACUUGCUUACACAAUUUCAUCAUAGGUGGUACAAGCACAGAAAGCCAAAAUAUAGCAAGUGUAAGCAUUAAUUUAGAAAACGAUAAUAAUAUGAACAAUGCAUUAGAUGGUAUGACAGUACGGGAGAUGUUUAAAGAUUACUUUAGGUCUGAUGAGGGCUCUAUUCCAUGGCAAAACGAUAUUGUAAAUAGACAUUAAUACUGUGUUAAAUCUGAAAAUAUAAUUAUAGUGCAAAAAUAUUUA